AUGCGCCUUCAUCCACUCGUUCUUAGCUUCAGCAUCUCUCUUUUUGUAAACGUGUUCUCCUCUGAGGAUGAGGAACGUCUCAUGGUUGAUGUGUUCCGUGGGUAUAACUCCCUUAUACCGCCUUUCAGAAAUCUCAGUGACAUGCCACUCAUCGUCAGAGUCGCCAUGCAACUUUUCCUUCUCAUCGAUGUUGUGAGUGACAUCUCCUUCAUCUCAAAAUGCAAUCCACUUUGGAAAAUUUGUUUGUAA